AUGGGCGGACUCGUGCGGCACUUCCCCCCGGCCAUCACGUUGGAGUGGAUUGAAAUCCUUCGAAUGGGCCUCAAUUACGCCGCCACCACGCUGGAGUCGCCCAAUUCUGUCGAUUGGUCCAAUUUCGAGGCCGCGCUUUACCAUUGCCUCCUCGACUCCCUCCGGGCCUCAGAGGAGUGCGGGGAGUAUCUUUUUGAUGCCCCCCCCGUCGUCGACGCCGUGGUGGGGCUUCUUCGCCGCCGGGAAUCCCCCGCGGAUGAGUUGACGGCGAUUUUGGUCGAGAUCACCGCGUAUUUCCCGCCGGACGCGAACGAGGAGGUUGUCAACCUCGCUCGACGCCUUGCGCGCCGGGUUUUUCAACUUGAUGACAACAUCCCAACAGUAAAUUGGGCGUUGCUGGGGGCGCUCACGAGCUUUUUGCAGCGCCGACUUCACCUUUUGACGAUCCCCGACGCGGUGGACUGCCUUCUCGAAGUGUUUUUCCCCGCGGAAUGGGCUGCUUCGCCCGAAUCCUCGCGGGAACCUCGGCGCUUGCUCGACCUUCACGCCCGUAUCAUCCGCCAGGCGGGGGAGAAUCAAAACCAAAUCGCCCUAGAGCUAAUUCGGCGAUGCCGCGAGGUGAUUUUCGAAUAUUUUAAACUGCCGUCCGAGGAAAGAGGGGUUUUGGCAGCGGCCUUGCGGCCCCUCGCGGGGGGUUUGCGGGGGUGGAUGUGGGAAACUUCGGCUGCGCGCACGUUGGACGUUCGCGAGGCCCUUUUUUUGCUUUUGGACGACCUCGCUAAGGGCGUGAUGGGGACUUUGGCGGAGGCCCGGACGCUCUUGGGGUUUUUUAUCGCGUCGCUGGAGUGUUUUCUACGCACCCCGCCGGGCCUUUCCGCGGAGUUUUUCGAUCGCGUCGUCGGGGUUGCCGAUCGAUUCUUAACCGCCAACCCCGCCGCGGCGGAUCGGCAUCGCCGCAAUUUCAAUGAAGCCCCAACAGGCGAAAAAAACGAAAUUGAGAAAAAGGCGGAGGAGGCGGAAAAUAAUGGGGAAAUUCAUUUAGAGGAAUCGUUGACAGAUUUGUGGAAUUCGCUCUAUUGGGCGUGUAAGGCUGGCUUUGUCGACGGGGGGGCAGGGGAGGGGCUGCGCGGCUUUCUUGUCCAACAUGCCUUGCGCGAUGUCGAAAUGAAUUCCUGUCGGGAAUUUUUAGGGGUUGUUCUUCAAUCCCAGGCCGUUCGUUCUUUUUUACGAACUCAGGACGAGGAUGGAUAUCGAAAAGUGCUCAACAGGCUGGCGAACGACUCUGAUUUCGCGCAAUUGCAGCCCGAGAUGAUUCAAAAAUAUAUCCAGGAGAGCUAG